GCCAGAAUAUGUGGAACAGUGGGCGCUGACUGAGGAUUCGCUCUUCUGGAGAUUGGGUGAGAUUUUUGGCUUGGAGUGAAAUGCUUGUUCUGUGGGUUGCCGCGGUUGCCAACAACAUGCUGAGUGAGACCGAUGUCCAUACAGCCAGCGAGCAAUGUUGCCAAGAGGUCAGACUGCCGUCGGUGUUCCAUUCGUCUGGGUUGCUUGAACUCUGGUGGUUGCAGGUUCGAAAGUAGACCCAACGGUAGCCGAUGUCGUUGCGUAGGGGCGGGUCUGCGCUUGACAAGAUUGGGACCCUCCAGACGACCUUCUCAAUCCGGCUCUUGCCGCUGGGUCUGCUCGUUAUUUGACUGGUUGCGGUCACUCCUGCCGCUUUGUAUGCCGGCCAGGGAUCCCAAGAGCAACCGGAACUCGGACAUGGAGCAUCACUGGAAGGGUGUCACGGAAUGCCUCGUGGGGGACGGGGAUGCACUUGAACACUCACUCCUUGGGGGUUUUGGCGACAUGGGGAGCGAUAAUUGGCGGUUUCCUUUUUCUGCUAAUGAGCAAACGUGUUUUACAGGAACUGGGGGAAAGAGCAGUCGUUGGGUUGGUGCUGGGUCGAAUGGUGUCGUCUGGACGGGAAGGUUGUGGUCGGGCAGACCGGGGUUCUCGAUGACCUGCGGCAGGGGCGAACGGUUCUGGAUAGAAGACUCGAGGAAGGGACGGUGGGCGAUAUGGACGGAUUUUACGAGACACGAUGAUUGAGUGGAUGACUGUGGCUCUCUGGUGAGGAAGGAGAACUUGAAGCCAUUGCCGGAUCUUGGCAUUUGUGUCGUCUUCGAAAAGAAAAAGGAAGCCAGAACGACGGAAGGUUGAAAAGGAAACAACACACCUGGCAGAGGCGCAGUUGCCCCUGCAGUUUAUGUCCAGUCGCAACGAGUAGCAGUAGAUAGGGGCUUUAAUAAUUCACG